CUUGUUGCCUACCACCAACUCCAAGAUUGGUAUUUAUCGAUAAAAAGGCAGCCUCUUUUUUCUCUGUCCAUAUAUAAGUUGCUAUGACUGAGCUCUUUUAAGCUCUCAGAUUUAUCUUUUCAAGAAUUAAAAGAUUCAAUCUUUUGCAAGGUGAUUAUUUGGAAAGAUGAGAGGAGGAUUGUGGCAACUUGGGCAAUCGAUCACUAGGCGUUUGGCUCAGGCUGAUAAGAAGACUAUUGGUCGCAGAUGCUUCGCUUCAGAUGCUGAACUCAAGAAGACUGUUCUAUACGACUUCCAUGUUGUUAAUGGGGGCAAGAUGGUGCCUUUCGCUGGUUGGAGUAUGCCUAUCCAGUAUAAGGACUCAAUUAUGGACUCUACAAUAAAUUGUAGGGAGAACGGUAGCCUCUUUGAUGUUGCUCAUAUGUGUGGCCUAAGUCUCAAGGGAAAAGAUGCUAUUCCUUUCCUAGAAAAGCUUGUUAUUGCUGAUGUUGCUGGCCUUGCUCCUGGGACUGGCACUCUCACUGUCUUCACAAAUGAGAAGGGAGGUGCAAUUGAUGAUUCGGUGAUCACCAAGGUUACAAAUGAUCACCUCUACCUUGUCGUAAAUGCGGGUUGCAGGGACAAGGAUCUUGCACACAUUGAGGAGCAUAUGAAAUCAUUCAAGUCAAAAGGUGGUGAUGUUUCAUGGCACAUCCAUGAUGAGAGAUCACUUUUAGCACUUCAGGGUCCCCUUGCUGCUCCAGUUCUUCAACAUCUGACAAAAGAUGAUUUGAGCAAGAUGUACUUUGGGGAAUUCAGGGUUUUGGACAUCAAUGGGGCACCGUGCUUCCUCACAAGGACAGGGUAUACAGGUGAAGAUGGAUUUGAAAUUUCGGUACCUUCAGAAAAUGCUGUUGACCUUGCAAAAGCUAUUCUGGAGAAAUCAGAAGGGAAAGUUCGGUUAACAGGUCUAGGAGCUCGUGACAGUCUUCGGCUUGAGGCUGGUUUGUGCUUAUACGGUAAUGAUAUGGAGCAGCACAUAACACCUGUAGAGGCAGGGCUGACAUGGGCCAUAGGGAAGAGAAGAAGGGCAGAAGGAGGUUUCCUGGGUGCUGAGGUAAUACUAAAACAAAUUGAAGAAGGUCCUAAAAUCAGGCGAGUUGGCUUUUUCUCUUCAGGCCCACCCCCUAGAAGUCACAGUGAGAUUCAAGAUUCAAAUGGACAAAAUAUUGGGGAAAUCACCAGUGGUGGUUUUAGCCCUUGUCUUAAGAAGAACAUAGCAAUGGGAUACGUAAAAACGGGUAACCACAAAGCAGGCACCAAUGUCAAGAUUGUGAUUCGAGGGAAGUCCUAUGAUGGAGCGGUUACCAAGAUGCCUUUUGUACCCACCAAGUACUACAAGCCAUAAUAACUCCUUGUUGCAUCUUAAACUUGUUGAUUCCUCUAAUUGCUACCUUGUUCUUAAUGUUUUUGGUGAAAGCGUAACUCUGAAUACUUCAAUCUACAUGUUUCCUCUUUUGCUUUAUGAGUUCCUUUCAAUGCAACAUAGACCAAUUUGAUUCUUGCA